CUUGAUAUUUUCUCUUUAGAGUGUUUUUAUCGUCCCUAGGUGAUAAUCAUUAAUUUUGAAAGCAUUGCCGCUCUUUAUGUUGUACGUGUAGCGCAUAAUGAAUCGUUACUGUUUAUAACAAAACAACACGAGCAAGGAUCUCAGUUCUCGGUGAAAUCUCGUUUGGCUGGUCCUUGUACGAGACUUCGCGAGAUUGGACACCAUUUUAGUAAAGUGGGGAGGCGAUACUUCCCUCGCGUUUUGUGUAUGUUCUUAUUUAUGUUGUACGUUAAGGCUCGUGAGUUGCUUCUGGUGCGAAUAUAACAGUUUCAACGAAAUAUUUGUGUAGAAGUGGACUCUUGUGCAAGAAUAGUGUUAGUUAUCAGUGAGUAAUUUAGGUGACGAAUUUUAUACGUUGAAGAUACAAAGCAGCGUGGUCAGUCUUUGUUUCUGUCAAGCUGUAAGGUGUGGAGCAUGAUGAAGCAUAGGGUGUGCUACAGAAGUGUGUGAUGACAGUGGCAGCCCUCUAGUGCACCAGGACAAGUAACUCAUUUCUGUGACUGAACUGUUGUUUCGACACUCAUGGACAAGCGCAAGAUGUUGCCGAAACGUCCUCGCAUGGAUAAUUUGCGUGGCCCGAUUGCUAACGGCCCUAUGCAGACUCGUCCUCUUGUGGCCCUCCUGGAUGGUCGUGACUGUUCAAUUGAGAUGCCGAUUCUGAAAGAUGUUGCUACUGUAGCAUUCUGUGAUGCACAGUCAACGUCAGAAAUACACGAAAAGGUCCUAAAUGAGGCAGUUGGUGCCCUAAUGUGGCACACAAUAAUAUUAACAAAAGAAGACCUGGAAAAAUUUAAAACACUAAGAAUCAUUGUGCGAAUUGGAAGUGGAGUUGACAACAUUGAUGUCAAGGCAGCUGGGGAGCUAGGUAUAGCUGUGUGCAAUGUCCCGGGAUAUGGUGUAGAAGAAGUGGCAGAUACCACACUUUGCCUCAUCCUGAACCUAUAUAGACGUACGUAUUGGCUUGCCAAUAUGGUGCGUGAAGGAAAAAAAUUCACUGGUCCGGAACAAGUUAGGGAAGCAGCCCAAGGAUGUGCAAGAAUACGAGGGGACACGCUUGGCAUUGUUGGUCUCGGUAGAAUUGGUUCAGCUGUUGCUUUACGUGCAAAAGCUUUUGGCUUCAACGUGAUUUUCUAUGAUCCUUACUUGCCGGAUGGUAUCGAAAAGUCCCUUGGGCUUACUCGUGUUUAUACCCUGCAGGAUUUACUAUUCCAGUCAGACUGUGUGUCGCUGCAUUGCACUCUAAAUGAGCAUAACCAUCAUUUAAUAAAUGAGUUCACCAUCAAACAGAUGAGGCCAGGGGCUUUCCUGGUGAAUACAGCACGUGGUGGCCUCGUGGAUGACGAUGCCUUGGCUACAGCACUAAAGCAAGGUCGCAUACGUGCUGCAGCACUUGAUGUUCAUGAGAAUGAACCAUAUAAUGUAUUCCAAGGUCCACUGAAAGACGCGCCGAACUUGCUGUGUACACCUCAUGCAGCGUUCUACUCGGAUGCGUCGUGCACAGAACUGCGCGAGAUGGCAGCCAGUGAAAUAAGGCGGGCUAUCGUUGGACGUAUUCCUGACUGCCUACGCAAUUGUGUGAAUAAGGAAUACUUCCUGGGAGGGACAGCUGCCGCUGCCGCAGGUUACGCAGAUGGCAUGAAUGGUGGUUAUUACACUGGAGCACUGCCUGUGCAGCAGGCACACUCAACAACACCACACGACCAGGUGCCACACUCAGUAGCAGCUGGUGCUGGUGGCGGCGCGGCAGGUGCAGGAGCAGGCGCUGUCCCUGGCCUUCCUCACAGUAUAUUCCAUCAAAAAAAUGAGGACCGAUGAUAACGUAACAAAUCGCUUCCCACAAGCACACUCUUGCCUCUGAAUACACCAGACCCAUCUAACCACCAUUCGCAGAAGCCAGAGCCGUCAGAAGUGCAUUAACAGGGUACACCCUGAAAAUGCUCCCACAGGCCCAGCAAAGGAGAAACUUAUCCUGCGAGGAGGAAAAAAUUCAUGUCUUUGUUGAUUUUUGUAAUUGAAUGUUUAAGGAAAAACCAGAAGUUAACGAUUUUUCCCAUCUCCUGCACAAUAUCGCCUUCAGAAGAAUGAAGAGUUUACAGGAGCCAUAUUAACAUUCACAUCUUCAUAUCUACUGGUGAUACAGCAUGUUCUUUAUUCUGAGUGUGUGUGAGUGGAAGAAACUGGUGAACCAAAAGUGGCCAGACUUUUGAUCUGUGACUUGUAGGAAAGGGUUGAAUGUUAGACAUACAGAUGUAGCCCUGGUGUUCCUCCAUUUUCUGCUACCUGGGUGUUCCAGCACUGGAAAACUUAAAUAAGUUCGCAUUUUCUACAUAAGGAAUACAACACAGUAUUGUUUCUGCAGUUUCAGAUAUUAAAUCUGUAAAUCAUUCUAAUUGUUUGUCGUGUUUGGACAGUGCAAUUUGAUAUAUGUACAAAUUGCGAUGUCUGUGUUGGACAGUGAUAAAGAGGGAUUCUGACACAUCACUUAGUGUAAAAUUAAGAUGAGAAGUUCUCUGAGAAAUAGUAGUAAGAGUGAUAAGAUAGAAAUAAUUGAUUUUUAUUGUAAUAAUUCAGUUUUAGUUCUAAAUGAACAACAUUCAUUUUGAGGAGGCACAUUUUUUAAUGAUUUGAAGAAAUUGUUCUUGAGAUGCUCCACUUCAUCUACUUUCUGUUAAAUAAGAAUGAAGACAUGCUUAUUCAGCAUUGCCUCCAUGAAGCAUUAUUAUCGAAGACAGAUGCAGUAGCAUGGCAAUUGGAACCAAAAGUGUAAAGAUUUUCUCAUGUAUGUAUAGUUUCUGCAUUUAUAUUUGCAAAUGUACAUUUUGUUCUUCUCACAUUUGUGUUGUCAGGUGAUAAAACGAUGCAUCUGUUUUUGAUAACUGUUCACACAUCAGCUGUUGUUGAGUAAAAGGAAACACUAUACUUCUCAUGGUUUCAGUGUUCGAGUGUUUAUAAAAAAUAGUCUAGGUCUCUCAAUAAUGUUUGUUAAAUACUUUUGACGAAUUCUGUGGUGUAGAGAACCAAAUUUAUUACCAAAAUGCUGAAAUAAGGAUUUUAUUGCAUGUGGAAACUGUGCAAUACUGCUUUUGUUCAUUUGGAUAUUGGUAAAAAGUACAUGAAUUUUUAGAAUACAGUUUUUUUUGUUUUGUUUUAAGAUAGAUCAGUUGUGAAUCAUAUUAAACCAUUUCUGAAACCCCACAUUUAAAAGUUGUGCAUGUGUAUACUGUGAAAAGUUCAAAAGUGCUGUUUAGUUCCAAUUUGUGAAAUUACCAGAUUUUGAAUAGUGCCACUUAAGUAUUGAAGAGUUGUCACUAAAUGAGCUGUCAUUUGUUUUUGUAGCAAUCAUAAAAAGUAAAUAUCAGUCGAAUGAAAUAACUCUUCAGAUAAAAUUCAUUUCAAUCUAAUUUUAGUGCCCAAGUAGUAAUAAAUAUGGGGUUUCACAACUGUAGCAAUUUUAGUGACAUUUUUGUAUCACUUAUAUGCCCAAAUAUAAUUAACUUUAUUUCUAAAUCUUAA